UCCGCGGCGCCCACCCCGCGCGCAGCCGCCCGCGCGCUCCGCGGGUUUGAUUCUCCCGCAACCGCGCCGGGGCCGGAGCCGGGCCGAGGAGGGGCGCGCCGCGUCCCUGCCUCCGCACCCCGCGUCCAGCCCCGCGCCCCCUCUUCAUACCCCGCGUCCCCCUCCGCGCCCCCUCUCCGCGCCCCGCGACCCCUCUCCUCGCCCCCUCUUCGCACCCCGCGCCCCCCUCCGCGCCCCCUCUCCGCGCCCCCCUCCGCGCCCCAUCUCCUCCGCGCCCCCUCUCCGCGCCCCGCGCCCCCCUCCGCGCCGCAUCUCCUCCGCGCCCCCUCUCCGCAUCCCGCGCACCCUUUCCGCGCCCCCUCUCCGCGCCCCGCGCCCCCUCUCCGCGGCCGGCUCCGCUGACUCGGGCCGAGGGCGCGGCGGGCCAUGGAGCAGCCCGAGGACAUGGCGUCGCUGAGCGAGUUCGACUCCCUGGCGGGCAGCAUCCCGGCCACCAAGGUGGAGAUCACCGUGUCCUGCAGGAACCUCCUGGACAAAGACAUGUUCUCCAAGUCUGACCCGCUAUGUGUCAUGUAUACUCAAGGCAUGGAGAACAAGCAGUGGCGAGAGGUCGGAGGGUGUGGCCUGGCCCCCUCCCCAGCCUGGCCCAGGGUCCACCCUCAUUUCCUCUCCCAGUUUGGCCGCACCGAGGUCAUUGAUAACACACUCAACCCUGACUUCGUGCGCAAGUUCAUCGUGGAUUACUUCUUUGAGGAGAAGCAGAACCUCCGUUUCGACCUGUACGACGUGGACUCCAAGAGCCCAGAUUUAUCCAAACACGACUUCCUGGGCCAGGCCUUCUGCACUCUCGGAGAGAUCGUGGGGUCCUCAGGGAGCCGUCUGGAGAAGCCCCUGACGAUAGGCGCCUUCAGCCUGAAUUCCAGGACCGGGAAACCCAUGCCAGCUGUGUCCAACGGAAGGGGUCUUUGGACGGAAAGUUUGGGACCCACUGGUCUGGAAGCUUCUGGUGGGGUCCCGGGGAAGAAAUGUGGCACCAUCAUCCUGUCUGCGGAGGAGCUGAGCAACUGCAGGGAUGUCGCCACCAUGCAGUUCUGCGCCAACAAGCUGGACAAGAAGGAUUUCUUUGGGAAGUCCGACCCCUUCUUGGUGUUCUACAGAAGCAACGAGGACGGAACCUUCACCAUCUGCCACAAGACCGAGGUCAUGAAGAACACCCUCAACCCCGUGUGGCAGACCUUCUCCAUUCCCGUGCGCGCCCUCUGCAACGGGGACUACGACCGGACCAUCAAGGUGGAAGUGUACGACUGGGAUCGGGAUGGCAGCCACGACUUCAUCGGCGAGUUCACCACCAGCUACCGGGAGCUGGCCCGCGGGCAGAGCCAGUUCAACAUCUAUGAGGUGGUAAAUCCCAAAAAGAAAAUGAAGAAAAAGAAAUAUGUGAAUUCUGGCACGGUCACGCUGCUGUCCUUCGCCGUGGAGUCCGAGUGCACAUUCCUGGACUACAUUAAAGGAGGGACCCAGAUCAACUUCACGGUGGCCAUCGACUUCACAGCCUCCAACGGGAACCCAUCGCAGUCCACCUCGCUGCACUACAUGAGCCCCUACCAGCUGAACGCCUACGCGCUGGCACUGACGGCCGUCGGGGAGAUCAUCCAGCACUAUGACAGCGACAAGAUGUUCCCCGCCCUGGGCUUCGGCGCCAAGCUGCCCCCCGACGGCCGGGUGUCCCACGAGUUCCCCCUGAAUGGCAACCAGGAGAACCCCUCGUGCUGCGGCAUCGACGGCAUCCUGGAGGCGUACCACCGCAGCCUGCGCACCGUGCAGCUCUAUGGCCCCACCAACUUCGCCCCGGUGGUCACCCACGUGGCCAGGAACGCGGCCACCGUGCAGGAUGGCUCCCAGUACUCCGUGCUCCUGAUCAUCACUGAUGGGGUCAUCUCGGACAUGGCGCAGACCAAGGAGGCUAUCGUGAACGCGGCCAAACUCCCCAUGUCCAUCAUCAUCGUCGGUGUGGGCCAGGCCGAGUUUGAUGCCAUGGUGGAGCUGGACGGCGACGAUGUGCGGGUGUCCUCCCGGGGGAAGCUGGCCGAGCGGGACAUUGUCCAGUUUGUGCCCUUCCGGGACUACGUGGACCGCACCGGCAACCACGUGCUGAGCAUGGCGCGCCUGGCCCGCGACGUGCUGGCCGAGAUCCCCGACCAGCUGGUGUCCUACAUGAAGGCGCAGGGCAUCCGCCCUCGGCCCCCACCCGCAGCCCCCGCCUCCCCGCCGCAGUCCCCUGCCUCCCCGCAGCACGCGAGCGUCUGAGCAGGGGUGCGGAGGGACCCCUUACGGCCCCGCGCCCCCCGGACCCCCCCGCGCGUCCCCACUGGUGGUGGAGGUGGGCUUCCAAACAUCUCUCCGCAUCCCGACUCCCCGGUCCAGCCCGCCGGGAAGUGGCUGUUGACCUCUGGGCGUCCAGGGGUCUCCCUCUCGCCUCCUGUGGCUCUUCCCGGACUGGGCACCCCACUUUCUGCCCAUGCUGCUCCCAGUGGGCCGUGUGGCAGGCGGUGAGGAGGUCGGCACCCCUUGGACCCUGGAUCUGUGGGCGCCUCCAGGCUGGAUGCCAUGGCCAGACAGCUGCCUCCCCCAGGGCCAGGUGCCCACAGAGGCCAGGCCAGCUGGCCACAAGGGGCCAGUCCCUCCUCCUCCUGCACCUGCUGCGGGACGUCCCAGCCUUGGGGCUCAGUUUCCAUGGUCCACGCCCGGCUCUCGCUCGCCUCGGCUGCCCCAGCUGCUCCCCGCCCAGGCCACCCUGCCUCGGUCGCCCUGUCACACCCUGGUCCUUUACCUCAGGCUCCUGUCCUGCUGUGGAGAGGCGGGUGGGAGACCUUGCCCGGGGCCCACCGGACGCCCCUCCCUGUCCCCUUGGGAGCAGGUCAAGCAUGUCAGCCCGCCCCCCCCCCCCGGCCGCAUGCCCCCCUGCAUGAUGGUGGCCAUGUCCCACAGUGCGGUCCUGUGCGCGUCUCCGAGACAGUCUCUGUGUGAAAGUUGCCUUAAACAAGUACAUCUGGUUCUUUUACU